GUCUUAACGGUGGUUCCUAGGGACGCGGGGGGCCGGCCGGGGGCGAGGGCCGGGCGCGCCGCCGAUGGCUGCUCGGCAGGGGAUGGCCACCUCGAGGGUUCUGGAAGAAGCUUUGGGUUUGGGCUCGUCGGCUGCCGGGGACGCCGCGGACGCGGUGGCCGCCGAGGGCGCCUACUACCUGGAGCAGGUCACCAUAACUGAAAGAUCUGAAGAGGAUUAUGAAUAUAAAGAGAUACCAGAUGACAAUGUUAGCAUUCCAGAAGGUGAAGAAGAUCUGGCAAAACUGAUUCAGAUUGCCCAAGAACAGGCUACAGAUACUCAAAUUUUGGAGCAGAAAACAGUCCUUCCUUCAAAGCACGCAGUACCUGAAGCAAUAGAAGACUUUCUCUGCAAUUUCCUAAUCAAAAUGGGAAUGACCAGAACUCUUGAUUGCUUUCAGUCUGAAUGGUAUGAGUUAAUACAGAAGGGAGUAACUGAACUUAGAGAUGUUGGGAAUGUUCCAGAUGUCUACACUCAGAAUUUGCUUUUAGAAAAUGAGAACAAAAAUUUGAAGAAAGACUUGAAGCACUACAAACAGGCAGCUGACAAAGCUAGGGAAGAUCUGCUGAAAACUCAGAAAGAACGUGAUUUUCAUCGAAUGCACCACAAACGAGUAGUCCAGGAAAGAAACAAAUUAAUUAAUGACCUCAAAGGGUUGAAGUUACACUAUGCAUCUUAUGAACCAACUAUAAGAGUGUUAUAUGAGAAGCACCGUACUUUACUGAAGCAGAAAAUGCUGACCUCCUUGGAAAGAGACAGAGCAGUUGGCCAGAUUUCUGGACUUCAAGCAACACUGAGGGAUAUGGAAUUAGGGCAUAGUUACCAUGUUCCUGAAAUUAGAGUUGCUCCUAAUUGUGGAAAGGAAAAUGCAGCAGAAGGGCCUACUCAAACAGGUCUUCAUGAAGCCAGGGAACGAAACAAACAUAAAACAAAGAUUAAAGAUAAUAUAAAGGCUUCCUUCACCAGAAAUCAAGAGGGAGCCUGUGAGCUCAGUGCACAGUCAGCCCUCCGUUCAGCUCCACGCCUCCAUCAACAGGAGGAGAGAGGGGCCUCUCAGACUUGGAAUAAGAUGACACCUCUUCAGGACACCAUUGGCAGGAGACAACAGAGUGCUUGAGUACGCAGAAUAAAAUCGCCCAUCCAGAGAACGUCAUGCCUCUGUCAGCAGUAACCAAAUGGGAGAUUCUGAGCAACACAUGUUCCUGUCCUGUCUUCCCUCUUUCUGAUCUCCAUAUUCUUUAUCUUCAUAAGGCACCCAGGACUCCCAGUUCAUCAUUUCUUCCAGAAUUUGAAUCCUCCCUAAAGCUACUGACAUUACUUUUUAUGAUUCAAUCUCUCCUCUGCUUUCCUGACUCCAAAAACUUUUCUUUGUACUUUUGGAAACUCAGAUCAUUGCAAAAUCCUCCAUAUUUUCAACUUCUACUGUGAAUGAAUUUCCCUUUCACUUUCUGUGAUAAUAGAAAUCUAGCUUUUCCCUAGUUAUAGUCUCUCCUGAAGCCAUUGGGAUUCUGGUAAAUGUUUAACAAACAGCUCAUUGGAAAAAAAACACAUGAUUUUUAGUGUUUUCCAAUUUCAGUACAGUAAACACUCACACCAAAGCCAUUCAAGCUGUACACUUGGCAAGUUGUGUCCAUAGUCAAGUAUACGUAGCCAAGCCAGUAUGAGUCAGCUCCAGCACACCAAGUCUGACAGCACUUUUAAUGGUAACUGUUCUUUCUGCUCCCUACUUAACCAUAGUAUUGGGCCUGGAGGUGAGAUAAAUAUCCCCUUUGCUUAUUUCUGUUUCCAGUCUCUUUUCUGUCCCUUGAUGAACACACUCUGCCUUGAUUUUCUUAUUGCCAAAGUAUCCCACUCACAAUAACUUGAAUUACAGGAAUACUUCUCUGGUCAUUUUGUUGUUGGUGGUGAACUGAAAAAAAACAAUCCUGUGAUAUUAAGAAUGAAUCCCACCAUAAUUCUUUAUGAUUUAAAUAUUCACAUGGGUGAUCCUUUUAACACACUGGACUUGCAGUUCCUUGACAGUCUCUCCUUCAGUGAUCCUGUUCUUCUGUUCUCAGCCACUCACUUUCUAGUUAUUUGAUAGAGCUAAUUUCUCUUGCUGUUAGCUUCUCAUCUCCUACACCUCUGCAUGCUGAGGUGUUCCAGAGCUCAGUUCUGGGAACUCUUGGAUAUCAUUAUUCCUUAGGUGAUCUCAUCUCCAUUUAUAGCUUUGAAUUACCUAUAUGUUAACAACUCCUACUGAGAUCUUCUACUGAGAUUGCUUCCCUGAAUUCUAAUUUUUUUUAUUCCACUGCAUAAUUGACACCUUCAGUUGGAUAUAGAUUCUACACUGAAGCUUUGUCUGCUGUAGUUUUCUCCAUUUUAAUUAAUGGAAAUCCCAUCCUUCUAGUAACUUAGCCACAAGAGUCUGGAGUUAUCCUUGAGUCUUUUCUCUCUCACACACUUCACAUCACAAGUGAAAAGGAAUGACUUUGGUUCUAUCUUGGAAGAAUAGCGAUACUUCCAUCCUGUCUUACCACCAGCACCUUUGCUCCCCCUUGCUGCUGCUGUGGCUUUCCUCUCAUCUCCAGCUUUGAUGACUGCAGUAGCCUCCUCAGUAGACUCUUGGCUUCUUUCUGUUCCUUCAUCUCCUUUGAACACAGCAGCCAGGGUGAUACUCUCAAAAUAUAGUAAGUCUGCUUGAAAAACAUUUCCUUGCUGAAAACAUUCUCUUGGCUUCCUAUCUUACUCGGGUCAAGUCAUUAUAUCCUCUGAGACCCUAAGUGGUAUGGCCCUACAUGGCUUUACCUCUCUGACACAUUUCCUGCUACUCUCUCAUCUUUUUACCCAAUUGCAGACAUACUGUCCUUCUACCUGUUGUAGAACACUCUAGACUCUAGGCAUGCCCCUGCCUCUAGGCUUUACACUUCAGAUUUCCUGCUGUGUUGUCUUCCCUCAGAUAUCCAAAUGGUUUAUCUUCUCAUUUCCUUUAAAUCUUUAAUCAAAUGUCUCCUUAGAAAGAGACCUUCUACCAGUCUAAAUUUUAAUGCUGCUGCUCAUUCCCUGAUCGUUCUUGAGCCUCUUUCUGCUUUAUUUUAUUCCUUGCAUAUCUUACAUAUCUUUCUCUUACACAUUUGUGUUGUACUUAGUAACUUGUUUAUUGUAUCUCUUCCCCACUAGAAUGUAAGCUCCAUGAUUGCAGGGAUAUUUAUGUUUUAUUUACUGCUAUAUUCCCAGUGCCAAAAACAUGACUGGCAUAUAGUAAGUACCCCAUAAGUAUUUGAAAGCACAAAUAAAAAAAGUCCUGUUGGUUGCUGUUAGAUAGAUAUGAAAUUGAUUACUCUAAGCUGAUUUUAAAUACAGUGAGCUCUGCUAAACUCUCUGUUUCACAAGUUUGUAGUAUUUUUUUGUAUGGAUUUUUCUUGUAAAUAAUGAUACCAUGUAUGGACAGUAUAGUUGUGAUUUUCCUUUUCUGAUUCUGGAAAAUUUUAUAUAUAUUUCUUACCUCUGUGCAUUGUCUAGGACCUGUAGAAAGUGGUAAAUGGAAGUGGUUGGAGUAGGAAUUCUUACCCUGUUCUUGGUUUUAAAAGGAAUGCUUUAAUGUUUCAAUAUGAAAAAUGAUUUAUUUAGAUUUUUAAAAUAUACUCUUUAUCAUGUUAAGAAGUUGUUUUACUUCCAUAUUUGCUAGGUUUGUUUGUUUGUCAUCAGUGUUAGUUUUUUUAUUAUAAAUGGUACAUUUUAAAAUUGUGUUUAAGUGUAAAGAUUUUAUUUUAUCAUGAAUGAAUUUUGAAUUCUCUGCUUCUGAGGUCAUUUUCUCCACUGAUGCUUUAAUGUGACAAAUAACAUAGGUUUUCAAUUGUAAACAUUCUCAUUAUUUCUUGGAAUAAAACUAAUUUACUCAUAUAUAUUAUUUAGGUACCACUGAAUAUAGUUAGCUAUUUUUUUU